AGUCAUGACGUUGAUCCUCCCGAAUCUAUACAAACCCUCCUUUCAAAAACACCAACUUUCGAAUCGAAAUUCCAAUUCUUGUUUCUGCUUCUUCCCAUCGUCACAAUCCAAUCUUGACCACCCAUUGAUGAGAUUAGUCCUAGUUCGAUCCAUAUUUGUUCUCUCGUUCCCUUAGAAAAUCACCAUUCAUCGUCUUCUUUCAUCCACCGAAAACCCUUUCUUUCCCAGAUCAAGAAGUGGGGAAAGCUUGAAUCACUGCGUUGUUGCUUCUGGGCUCUCCCCUCAGAGCCACCUGGUGUUCAACAAUGGCGUCUUUGGGGGUCCGAUGCAGCGGCGGCGAGUGUUCCAUGAGCCGCUCCCAUGUUCCCUCUCGCCAGAUUGAUCAUCAGAGCCCAUGGAAACCUUGUGCUCUGACGAUCCCCAAGAGAACAGGAUCGAAAACCCAGGCGGGUGGCGCUGUUUCGGCCUUGAUGCCGAUCGGGAGACGCGGGUCGAUCCCCAGGAAGCCCAAACCGUACCAGGAGUUGGACGAGGGGACGGCGAUCGCUCACGAGAAGCUGGACGAUUGGAUGGAGGGCUCGGUGGUGGAGAUCGUCAGGAAUCUCCGGGAGGCGCCAUUGUUCGUGCACGUCUACGAUGACAGCCGCAGUGGGGGCGGGGGCGGGGGCCUGGAUGGCGAGUCGAUAAGGUUGAGGACGGAGAAGCGGGUGAGGGAGGAAGAUUGGGAUUGCGUGAAGAUGAAGUGGGAGAAGGGGGAGGUCCAAAAGCCUGAAGGUGUGAUUUACGUGGAGGAGCUUGAGGAUGGUGAGAAUGAACAAGAUAACGUGAACAAAAUUUGGGGAUUGGUGGUGCAGGGGAAGGGGGCUAAUUGCAGGCCGGCUUGCUAUUUGCUCGAGACUUGCAGGGUCGGGUCAGGUUUAGGGUCGGUCAGCACGCAUUUCUGCUUGAUGAAGGUGAAGAGUUUCCGAGAAUCCGCAAGGUCGCAGCUCAUGAAAUCCUGGUUGUAGAAGGGUCAGCGAGUGUCCCAGAUCACAAUGGGAGGAGGGGUUGCUCGAUUCAUUCGUUUCAACUGUAAGCAACAUUCAGUGCAGAUCGUCGAGGUUGAUUGGUGAUGAUUCUUAAUGAUUUGAGCUUCAAAUGUAUAGACAAUUCGUAGGGAAGAAGUAAUUAAAUUUUAGUAUGACAGUUCUUUCUUUUC